AUGGAAUCCCCUCCGGCCGAUGGAUCAAGACCUCCCCAGAGUCUCUCGCCGCUCCCGCCUCUCGACAACACGUAUGGCGCGCUCUUGGUUGGGACUUUCUUUGCACUCAUGCUGUAUGGAUGGUACAUACUCCAGUGCAGCAGGUACAUUCAUUCGUACCCGCGCGACCGGUGGGAGCUCAAGACAUUGACGCUCGGGAUUGUAGAUGGAAUGACAACUUUCCUUUGCGAGAUGUUCUACCUUCGGCGUGUGUACCUUAUCAACCGCAGACUCAAGUACUUUUUCGGCUUCAUAGGAGCGCUCAUUGUCGUACAGUUUGCCGUCGGACUCACUUCUACUAUCCUUGGAUUGUUGCGCCCCUACGAGCACGGUAACAAGUUCGGAGUGAGAUUCAUGGUUGAAUUCGGCUGGCGCUGGCAUUGCGACCUUGGCAGACGGAAGUAUCGCCGUCACUCUCGUCUUUACUUUGAGAGGGAGCCGUACUGGCUUCAAGCCGAAUAUAGGACGGACACGAUGAUCGACUGGCUCGUGGCCUACACCAUAAACACAGGUCUCCUGAUGGGGAUCUUCACCACACUCUCCUUUAUUUUCGCAAUCGUCAUGCCGCAGAACAUGAUCUAUGUUGGCAUAGACCUGGUCACCAUCAUGCUCUACACGAACUCCUUGAUGACCGUGUACGUCCAGCGCCCGCCCGUGUUGCUUCAUCGACCUGAUCCCAUCCAGGCUCAAUGCACGUGGAGACUCGUCAACGCGUCAAACAGGAAGCAUCAUCGGCGUGAGCGCCAUUGA